AUGCUCAACAGCAAUAGCACCAACAAGGACAAUCACAAGAGCAGCUCAGCUCGAGGAGUUUCUCUACAUAUCCGCAAGCAGCUGGCAAAGGACAUCCAUAGAGCUGGUGGCAUAGAAGCUAUUGGGCUUGAAAACGACGGAAAAACACUUGACCAAAUCCUCAAACAAAAGGAGCAUCUCUACGGAAAACGUGGCAGCACAGAACGUCGACAGGUCCGCAACUUGUUCCACAAGUGGAAGAACUACUCGCCUGAGAAAUAUUGUGAACAGGUUGUGAUUCCCCUUGUUCUUGCUGAUACAGCUACUGAAGAUACUGCUAGCCACACAGCAGACUCUAGCUUCGACGUACCAACACCGGAACCAACACCAAGCCAAAUCCCCCCACCUAAACCCAGCAGGACAGCAGCAAGAACCAAGUCCAUCCCUUCACUUAGUGAGAAGCCAAAACCCGCAAUCACCAAGCCCGCAUCAUUUUUUUUUGAGAAGCCAGAGCCAACAACCAUGUCUCGUGACAACUCAUUCACUAUCAAGGUCAACACUGAACGUCCAGAGGCAAACAGAGAAGUUAUGGUGUAUGAACUAGACAGGAUCCAGGGUGUUGGCGACAAGCAGAACCAGCUCUUUAGCGGAUUCUGGAUAGUUAUGCCCAUUGAUUUCCGCUACAUUUUGGAUGACGACGAGACCACUCACUGGAAGGUUUCGGUCAUAGCAAAGAACAAGCUCUUACUUUCGAUACAAGCUUGGAAUUACUCAGCACUUCAUGACAGGGAUGAAUUCAAAAAGUGUGUAACCAAGAAUGAUUUGGAAGCCAUGGAUGGUGCUAUGCAUGAUCUGAUUGAUGAGAAGACUUGUGAAGUCUAUGAGGACCGAAAGUGGAAGCAUCUAAUUUUGGAGUUUGAACAAGAUGUCCACUUGUCCACAAAGGAAAUCUAUGAUAAUGAUGUUGUCGAGCUGGAGCCCCUGCUGCUUCCCAUCACUGUGAAACAUCCCAAGAAUCCCAAGCUGAAAUACACUUCUAUGUUUGCAUCAUGGAAAGUGGCACGAAUUGAUGUGAAGGCUCGCAAAAUGGGGAAGGUUGGAAAGAAAGAGAAGAAGAGCAAUGCUGCUCGCCAACUAGAGGCAUUAAUGAAUGGUAUAUCUAUUCAUAAUGAUGAUACUGUGCUUGCUCCUGUGGACUCUGAGUCUGAAGAGGAGGAGUCUGAAGAGGAGGAGUCUGAAGACGAGGAGUCUGAAGAAGAAGAGCGGAUGAAGAUCUGCGAUAUUGAAAUGCUAACAGCCCCAGUGGCUAGCAUCGCACCUGUAAAGCCUAGCCCCGUAUUCAGUCUGGAGACAGUGCCAAAACUUUCACCGGUUCCUCAAGGCAUGCCAUCGGUCUUGUUUGCUGCUGCCCCAACAGGUAGCCUGGCUCCCAAUCCACCUACAAGGGACACUCAAGAGAUGACAGAAGAGCUCCGCAAGAACUCAUUCAAGCCACGCCCAAGUAGCAGAGUUUCACGUGCCUACACGGCGGAGCAGAGGAGGAAGGAAAGGAGAGCAGAGAAGCAGAACCAAGCCAGAUUGAAAAACCCCACCCCUGGCAUUGAUGAAAACUUCCUCCAGGGUCUUAUCGUUGCCGCAGAUACCUCCCAUGAGAAGACAAAAGAAAUAAUGGCAAAGUCAAAAACCCCAACUGAGGAAAGCGUUGAUACAGAUUCAGAGGCGGACACAGACGAUGAAGGCUCGGACAAUGAAGACUCAGUUGAUGCUUACCGCCAUGCUCGCCGAAUGGAAAAGGCACAUGAAUUGCUGAAAGAAGAAAAGGGUGGCGACAUUGCUUGGUGUGAUGCCAUGAUUGCCGAUCUUGAAAAGUUUGUUUCUGAAAAUGAAGCAGGCCUUGACGAUCUCCUCGCAGAGGACGAUAUAAAUGCACUGCUAGGAGAGGAUAGUGGCAGUGAUGAUGGUGAAAGCUCUGACAAUGCAACUGUCAGGAGAAAGCGUUCUUGGAAUGAAACCAGCAGCGACGAAGAAACUGACACUGACAUUGAGAUGGAUGGAGAAGAAUUAUUGGAGCCUCCAACCAAGAGGAAAUAA